CUCUCCUCUAUAUAAAGGAUCUUAGUUUCAUCUUAGAUGCAACAGAAAUAGAAAAAGAAGCUAAGAAUUCACUGUAAAAAGGUGUGGAAAUGUAUGGGAAAUGGGUAGGGAUGCUAAUUUUGGUUACUAUGGUUGGUGGCGGUUGGGUGGUUCCAAUGGCACACGGCGUAACUCCGAGUGAAUGUAAGGAUGAAAAGAAUACUCUGGUUAAUAAUUGCAGGCCAGUUAUUUUUGGGAGUAAUCCAUCAGCUGCAUGUUGUCAGAACGUAAGGGAUGCUCAUAUUGAAUGUGUUUGUCCUUAUCUUGGCCCUAAAGCGGCAGCAACAAUUAGAACCAUCGGAGUAUCCCGUGUUGUGCAACUGAUUGAAGGGUGUGGGAGAUCUGUUCCUCGCAACUACAAGUGUGGAAGUAUUACCACUCCACCAUGAAGUGUCCCUAAAAAUCAAGACCCUUAAAAAAUAUUACUAUAAUUACUGAUGUUCUAGUGUGUUAUAAUAAGUUAAAGCUCCAUUGGGGGUAGUUCAUCACUUUGUUUGAGCUUAUUUUGUUAUGUAUUUGGUGUCGCUUUCUCGUGUUUAAUUAAUGCAUUAACACAAAUAAAAUUAUGUUUUUAUGUCCAA